AAUAACAUUUUUCAAUACAGUAAAACACCCAAACUCACUAUUCAAACAUUUUUAAUGUAACCCUUGAUAAACUUGUAACAAAUAUAGCGCCCUGUUGCGCUUUGUCGGGCGCUAUUUGGCUCCACUGGAACCCAUUGGGCGUGUUUUGGAACUACAGUAAACAAAUACAUCUGACUCAGUGGAAAUAGAAGUACGCCGUUUAAAACUUUACGAAAUAACCCCCAUAAACGUGUGUAGAGGCUUAAACGAAUAUAACAACAGGGAAACGAAAGUUGAGCGAGCUAUGGCUCUUCACGAAGCGUCAUCAAUAACUUUUCCGGCCAACGUUCAAAGUCAUCAAGUACACGCCCUUGUAAAAGAAGGAACUCCUGGUAUCGCCCAACCUGCAAAUAAUGCACUCCAUCAAAUCGCCUGCGCCAGCACAACACAGAUACAAGCAAACUCAGUGUUGGAAAAGAAUUAUGCAACCGGACUCUCACCUUCUAAAAGUGCAGACACCUCUGCUACAUCUUUAAUGAAUUCAAACAAAUAUGUGAAGCUAAAUGUUGGCGGGUCAUUACAUUAUACAACCAUGGGCACAUUAACAAAGGAAGACAACAUGUUAAGGGCAAUGUUUAGUGGAAGGAUGGUCGUACUUACUGACAGUGAAGGUUGGAUAUUAAUUGAUCGCUGUGGAAAACACUUUAGUGCAAUAUUGAAUUAUCUGCGAGAUGGAUCAAUCACAUUACCCGACAAUCGAUAUGAAAUUGCCGAGUUAUUGGCGGAAGCUAAAUAUUAUUUAAUACAAGGUUUAGUAACCCAAUGUGAAGCUUCACUUGAAAGGAAGAAUCAAGACGCAGAUCCAAUUUGUCGAGUACCCAUUGUUACAUCACCAAAGGAAGAACAAGAGUUAGUUCGUAAAACAAGCAAACCAAUCGUCAAGUUUAUGUAUAAUCGUGGAAACAAUAAAUACUCCUAUACCAACUCGUCAGAUGACAACAUGUUGAAAAACAUUGAAUUGUUUGACAAGUUGUCUUUACGGUUCAACGGACGCAUUCUAUUCAUGAAAGACAUUAUUGGAGAUGAGAUCUGUGAUUGGUCGUUUUACGGCCACCAGCGAAAAGUUGCAGAAAUAUGUUGUACUUCAAUUGUGUAUGCAACUGAUAGAAAACAAACAAAGGUUGAAUUUCCUGAGGCAAGGAUAUAUGAAGAAACGUUAAACAUUCUGUUGUAUGAACAAGAUCGACCAUGCACGCCACACAUGAUCGCAUGUACUGACUCGAACACAGGGGAACCUGUUGUGCAGAGGUCUGUACAUAACUGUCAAAGCGACGAUGACAUAGAUGACUCAUCGAGAUCACAUCGAGUGCGACGCAUACAUGUACACAGUAACCGACCUGUGUGAUAACUUUUAUAUGGCCACCGUAACUACUAAACGCACAUAGUCGCAAUAUCUGUACAUACGCUACAUUUUAUUUGGUCCAGUUGAUUUUUUUAGCACAAAUAUUCUAUUUGUAUGAAAUAUAAAUAUAUUUGAAUCAAUGAAACCUGGGCCUUACAAAAUACAGUUAUCAUAACAAGGUUGAUAAAGAUAAUGCUAUAAAGACUUCAUAAAAUAUUUUCACAAAAUUGUUUACCAUUUUGCUGUACAAAUUAUGUGGAACAGUAGUUUGCACAAUAAGUAUAUUAUCAACUGCAAUUAUAUUGUCAGUAUUCUGUUAUAUGUUCGGUCAUGAUGGUAAAUUACACCAACUGCCAUUCUUAAACUCUGUACUUAUGAAUAUGGAAAGUGAUAACAAAAAUGUAAUACCUUAUGGCUCUCUUAACAUGUUUAUGUCCUUUUUAAUCUUUUUUUAUACGAUGCAAAUUGUCAAUAAAAGCAAAAUGCAUAAAA